GGUAUGAUACACGUAGUUUAAAAUCUAGAACGCCGAUAAAAUAGAUCGCGUCCACUAUUUCAGUGUUAAACAUGUGGAAUUCUUAAGCGAAAUAAUGGGCGCCGUUAAGUUUUACGCCGAUCUUCGAUCACAACCAUGUAGGGCGGUGUUCAUAUUUAUGAAAGCGAAUGCUAUACAAUUUGAGAUGGAAAAAGUAGACCUGUUUUUAGGGGAACAACUCCAAGAAAAGUUCACACAAGUCCAUUCCAUUCAGCGAGUGCCCGUGAUAGACGACGAUGGAUUCGUACUUGGAGAAAGCGGUGCUAUAUUUCGGUACCUAUCCCGGAAGUUCAACGUUGCGGAUCACUGGUAUCCAGCCGCUGACUUAACGAGGCAGGCACGCAUAGACGAAUACCUCCAUUGGCACCAUACAAAUAUCCGCGUGAACGCCAUGAUGACCUUCCGACACAUUUAUAUCAACAAGGUCCGUGGCAAGCCGAUCAAGGAGGACGAGGUUCGGCGACACAAAUCCGAGCUCUCCAAGGCGCUCAACCACAUUGCUUCGUACUUCUUAAAGGAGCGGAGGUUCCUCUGCGGCAAUGACAUCUCCGUGGCGGACAUCCAGGCGCUCUGCGAGCUCAUGCAGCUUGACGCCGUCCGAGAGGAGGGGCUCUACCUUAGCAACCCGAUUGUGGGUGCGUGGAUCGGCAGGGUAAAGGCGAGGGUACAGCCAUAUCUGGCAGAGUGUGAAGCGGAGGGUGUCGGAAUGAUGAAGCAAAUGUACGAGGCCAUUACGAGCAGCUCUAAGCUUUAGAAGUACGACCGGAUAUUAAUGUUAUAUAUAUCGAAAGUUAUGUCAAUGUACGAUAUUACAAAAGUGCAUAGUGGUUCAGAGUUGUUGCCUUCAUGUUCUCUCUUGCAAUCCGUUUUUCUUGUACGAGCUAAAUGGAAUACUUGUAUAUAACGUUACUUUGCAAAAACUAUGUACGGCGAUGUAGACAAAAUGUGUGGAAGGGGCUCAGUUGACCUCCACUGAACAAUCAGUGAACAAUUCAGUGAUGUUGUUUCUACAUAAUAAUGCAAUUGAUAAUAUUUACGCGUCAGUAUUAAUAACAUAUUUCCAUAAACACGCAUCCAGAAAUUAUCUUCUAAUACUUUAAAAUAAUAUAUUACUUUUUUAUUGAUCAUUUUGUAUGCUGGCUUGAUGCUAUGAUGGCAAUCAUAAAAAUAAUCAAUGUGCUUAAGAGUGCUGUUAUGUUUUAAUUACAUCGGAUAUAGAUUUCAUCACAACUCUGUGUGUUAAUAAACCUAAUAUAAAGAUAA